GGCGAGGAAAUUGUGAUACCCAUUUUCUAUGAUGUGGAGCCUUCAGUUGUGCGCAAUCAAACAGAAAGUUUUGCUGAAUCAUUUAAGAGACAUGAAGAAAAGAAUACAGAGAAGGCGAAAGUGGAAAGGUGGAAGGAAGCGUUGAAAAAGGCUGGCAAAAGCUCAGGGUAUCAUCUGCAGAAUGACUUUAAUGGGUUCGAAGCAGAAUGUGUCGAAACAGUUACUAACGACAUAUUUACUCGAGUGAAUCGAUCCAUUCAAGCCUCCUCAACUGUCCUUGACAAUUUCGUGGGAUUGGAAACUAGAGUUGGCUAUAUAGGUAAGUUGUUGAUAGAGGAACCUGAUGAUGUUAAAUUCAUUGGGAUUUGGGGUAUGGGAGGUAUUGGCAAGACAACAAUUGCAAUGUUUGUUUUUAACAAAUAUUUGAGCCAAUUUAAUGGAGCUUGCUUUCUUAAAGAUGUUAAACAACAUGAGAUCACUGAAUUGCAAGAGACCCUUUUAAAAACCAUUCUAAAGGGGGAGAUGGAAAUAAGCAAUGAGGUUGAUGGAAUGGUGAAGAUAAGAGAAUGGCUUGGAAGGAAAAAGGUUUUGAUUGUUCUUGAUGACGUAGAUGAUCACGUGGAACAAUUACAGAAAUUAGUUGGAUGUCGAGAUUGGUUUGGUAGGGGUAGUAGAGUGAUUAUAACCACAAGAGAUGCUGGAGUAUUGCGUUCCCAUGGAGUUAAUAAAAAGUAUGUAUAUGAAGUACAUACACUGGAACACCAGAAAGCUAUUCAACUCUUUAGUUGUUAUGCCUUUAGAAGUGAAAUUCCUGCUAGUGGUUUCCAACGACUCACGGGAUUGAUAGUGCAUUAUUGUAAGGGUCUUCCAUUAGCUCUUAAAAUUUUAGGGUCUUCUCUUUGUGGACUAGAGGCUGCUGACUGGGAAAACUUUAGAGCAACUCAAGGACAAUCCACAUGAUGAUAUUCAUGGGAAGCUUAAGAUAAGUUUUGAUAGAUUAGAUUCCAAAAGUCAAAAAAUCUUUUUAUAUAUUGCAUGUUUUUUCAGACACGAGAAAGAAAAAUAUGUAAAAGAUGUGCUUAAAAGUUGUGAUUUGCAUCCAGUCAUUGGUAUGCGUGUGCUCAUUGAAAGAUCUCUCAUAUCAGUUGUGGAAGGAAGAAUUGAGAUGCACGAUCUAAUCCAAGAUAUGGGUUGGCAUAUUGCAAGAGAGGAGAAACCUAAGAGCAUGGUAUGGGAGUUUGAGGAUGCUGUAUUAUACAGAGAAAUGGAGCUUACUAAACACAUAGAAUGUAUUUUAUUCUCCUAUUCUACAUAUGGAUUUUGGCGGCACAAUUAUGAGAAUAUUAGCAGUGCCUUUGAAGCUUUGAAGAUACUCAUAGGUAAAUGGCCGUUGGAGGAUAUUAAUAUUGACCUUGUUGUCAAGGAUAAUUAUCAGCUUCCUAGCAGCUUGAGGUGGCUUCAUUUCCCAUAUUAUCCUUUCCGUUCAUUACCCACAAGUUUUCAUCCCUCUACCAUGGAUACGAAUCCAUUGGAGCUUGUUGGGAUUUGUCUGCACCAUAGUUCUCUUCAAAAUUGUUGGAUAACUAAGGAAUUAAAUAAACUUACCUAUUUAGAUCUUAGCUCUUCCUGUUCUUUGCUAGAGACUCCAAAUUUUGAUAUGAUGCCAAAUUUGAGAUGCUUAGACCUUUCAAGUUGUAAAAAAUUAGAAGAAAUUCAUCCUUCUAUUGGACGUCUUGAGAAGCUUAUUGUAUUGGAUGUAAGCGAUUGCGACAAGCUAAAGAAGCUUCCCUGCUUUAUUAAAGUUUCAUCUCUUCAAUUUCUUAAACUUGAGAAAUGCAAAUCAUUAGAAAAUUUUCCAGAAAUCCAGGCAAAUACGCCACUUGUACUGGAGCUGAAUUUAGAAUCCAUUCGAAAUAUUAGAGAACUCCCCUCAUCCAUCGGACGACUACGUGGCCUCACCAAGUUAUGCUUCUAUGAUUGUAGAAAUCUUGUCUGUCUUUCUGAUGAUAUAUGUGAGUUGGAAAGCCUUAAAAUUCUUGAGCUUACAUGUUGUAGCCAACUAGAGUCAUUGCCAGAAAAGCUGGGCAACUUGUCAAAAUUGGAAGAGCUUCAUGUAUAUAAGACUGCCAUUUUUCAACUCCCAUCUUCAAUAAGGCAGUUGAGCUCACUUGAAUGCUUGUGUUGGGUAGGCAACCGGGAGAUUGAUGAAGAGAGAGGUCUCAAAUUUGUGCCUAGUGUAUCAGGUUUGCGCUCACUAAAAAGGUUACAGCUCUCUGAUUUUAAGACCAUCGACGAAGGACUCCCUUCAGAUCUUGGACAAUGCUUGAUUUCACUUGAAUAUUUGAAUCUUCAGAGAAGCAAUUUUGGUUAUUUACCUAAAAGUUUGAGCCAACUCUCUAGUCUUCAAUACCUUGACAUUAGAGAUUGUAAAGAACUUGAAAAUUUUCCAGAUCUCCCAAACACUAUAAGUGAACUAUAUGUGAAUUCCAAAUUUGCCUUUGGAAACAAGUCAAUCAACAUAGAUAUGUUAGCAAUCAAGUGCCCCAUGUUAUAUUCGGUCUCAUUCUUCUCUUGCGAUGAUGUGUUGGAUUUGUCCAGAGGUGUAAUCUUUUUAGCUAAAAUGAGCAAUCAAUUUCCAUUUCACAGAAAGACUCCUUUUAGUGUUAGCUACUCAAGCUAUUCCUUCCAAAGCUAUUCAAUUUAUCAUUAUAGUACUGUCUUGAGAUCAUUCAAAUACCGAUGCUACAAGUCAAAAAAGGAUCUUCUUUAAUCUUAAUCUUCAUUGGUAUAGUACACAAUUUGUGGGAUUUGCUAUAUAUUUUGUCACUUUUGAAGAUUAUAUAUGGGGACGACCAAGCUCGUACCAAGGCUUUGACGACUGUGCUUAUCAUUGUGUGAUUAAAGCCAAACUAUCAUCACAUGAUGAUAUUAAAAAUGAAGAUCUCGAAACAAAAUGUGUGAUAGUCGGAUCAACUUCUUACAAAGGUUAUGACUACAAAAGACACAUUUGCUUUGUCUACCUACCAUUUAGUAGUUUGUGGCCUCAAUCUAAACCUAUAAUGGAAGCAAAUGAUUAUUCAAGAUUCAAGGUGGAACUUGUGGAUUUGAAAGCUUCAGCAAAUUGGGGCGUUAAUUUAUUGUAUAAAAGCCCAAUAGGAGCAAGAGAGGAUAUGGCUAAUCACCAUAGGAGUGAUUCAGGACUACUCAGAACUAAUGAUAUUGGAUGUUUGACCUCGUUGGAGUCGGAGAUAGAGUACUUGAAUCACGGUAGCGAAAGUUUUGGCAGUUUACCUGCAUGUUAUAGCCAACUUCCUAGUUAUCGAUAUCUUGACAUCAGUGGUUGUAAAGAACUUAAAGAGCUACCAGAACUCCCAACUACUAUAAGAGAACUAUAUGCAAAUUUUAGUUUGGCUUCUGAAAGCAACAUAACCAAGCUAGCAACCAAGUACCCAACAUUAUAUUCUGUCUCAUUCUCUUCUUCCAAAAGUUUGAAUCCCCAGCUCCAAGGGCCCCUUACACCUGCAUUCUCUCUGGGAUAUAAAGAGGUUUCUGCUGUGGAGUUAGCUAGGAAGUUUGCUCAUGCGCCUUUUCUAUUCAUGAGAGACUCUUCUUUCAUUGUUACCUAUCCUGAUGGAUAUAUUUCAACCGACAGAGAUGUCACGAAAUGGUUCAAAUAUUCAUCUCAUCAUUCAAAUAAGAUCUCCAUUAGUCUUGAAUCCUCCUGGUAUAAUCAAAGCUUUGUGGGAUUUGUUGUGUGCUUUAUUUUCAAUUCAUCUGAUGGUAUAUGGAAAUCAUGCCCAGACGGUCGUCCUUUUAGAUACGGUGAGGUCAUAGCCCAGCUGGUACACAAAGAUAAUGAACAACUUCUCCAAACAAAUUGUGUGAUUGGCAGACUAUGCGAUGAAGAGUUUGAUUCAGAAUUCAAGUAUAGUGAAAUCAUAUGCUUUGCCUACAUACCAUUUCUUAGUCUGUUUAAAAAUAAAUUGAGCGCUACCCCGCCCAGUGAUUAUUUGGUAUUUGAGGUGGCAUUUGCAUCAAAUGCCUCAACAGAUUGGAGUUGUGGUUUGUUAUAUAACAAUGAUGAAUCAUUAAGUGAAGCAAUAUGGAGCAAAACUAUAGCUACUUCCCAUGAUAAUGGUGAUUCAGGACAUAGUGCUGAAUCGCCUAUUGAUGCAAGUGAUGAUGAAUCAGAACCUUCAAAAAAUGGUGAUUCUGUAGAAGGAGAAGAAGGUGAAUCAAUUGAUGGUGAUGAAGAUGUUGAGGAGUAUGAAAGUGAUGCAGGACAUAGUUCAGGUCCAAAUGUAACCGAACUAUGGGAGUUUACUGAAAUUGUAGAUCGAGUUCAAUGUCGAAUGGUUUCAAUGCCAGAGUGCUCUGAUGCUAAGGUUUUCCGACUUCUUUAUACAAAUUCUGGUGUUGGCAUCUUGGCUCUUAGCUCAAAUGGUAUUCAAAAACUAUGGAAAUGGCCCAACAAUGAACAAAAUCCAACCGGAAAGGCCACUGCCAAUUCUGUUCCACAACAUUGGCAACCAACUAGUGGUCCUUUUAUGAUUAAUGAUGUGAUAGGUGUCAACCUCGAGAAAGUAGUUCCUUGCAUUGACCUCUCCAAAAAUGACUCUUAUAUUGUAUCAGCUGCUGGUGGAAAGAUUUCAUUGUUUAACAUCAUGACAUAUAGGGUAUUGACAAAAUUCAGGCCAUCACCUACACCAACUUUCUUAGUUUUCUAUCCUUGGGACAAUAACAUUAUUGCAAUUGGUACGGAGGAUGGGACCAUAUGUAUAUACAAUGUUAAGGUAGAUCAGGUCAUGGUUGAAUUUAUUAAAGGCCAUCAUAAACAUAUCACUGGUCUAGCAUUCUCUACUACUAAUCGUGACAUGCUGGUUUCAUCGUCUGCUGAUGCCCAACUUUGUGUAUGGGAAAUUUUUGGUAGAUGGCGAAAGAGAAUAUCAGUUCGCAUCCAGUUACCUGCUGGUAAAGUGCAUUCAGGUGACACACAUGUGAUGUUUCAUACUGACCAACUCCACUUAUUAGUUACACAUGAAACUCAAUUGGCAAUAUAUGAUACUUACAAUAUGGAACGCAAACGUCAGUGGUUCCCACAAGGUUGUCUUUCUGCACGAAUCUCUUCUGCUACUUACUCCUGUAAUAGCCAACUAGUUUAUGCAUCCUUUGUUGAUGGGAAUAUUGGAGUACUUGAUGCCGAUAACCUUACAUUGAGAUGCCGUAUUGCUCCAUCUGCUUAUUUAUCUCAGCCAAUAUUGAAUAGCAAGCGUGUAGUGUAUGCAGUUGUGAUUGCAGCGCAUCCACAGGAACCCAACCAACUUGCAAUUGGAUUGACAAAUGGGUCUAUUAAAGUCAUUGAACCACUGGAAUCUGAAGGAGAGUGGGGAAUAUCUCCCCUUAUUGAUAUUGAAAUUCUAAAUGAUAGAACCAAACUGUGGGAAUUGACAAAAAUUAUAGAUCAAGUUCAAUGUCAAGUGGUUUCCAUGCCAGAGUGCUCUGACGCUAAGGUUUCCGGACUUCUUUAUACAAAUUCUGGUGUUGGCAUCUUGAGACUCCGCUCAGAUAGUAUUCAAAAAUUAUGGAAAUGGUCCUACAAUGAACAAAAUCCAAGCAAAAAGAAUUGGAAACCAAACAGUGGUCCUUCUAUGAUUAAUGAUGUGCCAAGUGUCAAUCUAGAGGAAGUAGCUCCUUGCAUAGCCCUUUCGAAUGAUGACUCUUAUAUUGUGUCAGCUGUUGGUAAAAAGGUUGCAUUGUUUAACAUCAUGACAAGUGAGGUAUUGAAAAUAAUCACGACGUUGCCAUCUGCAUCAACUUUCUUAGCUUUUGAUCCUCAUGACAACAAUAUUAUUGCAAUUGGUACGGAAAAAUCAUCCAUAUAUAUAUAUGGUUGGGUAAAUGAGGAAUUGAUUGAACUUAACGAACAUCUAAAACCCAUUACUGGUCUAGCAUUCUCUACCAAACUUAAAAUGUUGGUUUCAGGAGAUGCUGAUGCCCAGCUUUGUGUGUGGAACACUAAUUUGUGGAAAAAGAGAAGAUCAGUUCGCAUCCAAUUGCCUAGUGGUAAAGUGCCCUCUGAAGGUGACACACAUGUGAUGUUUCAUGCUGACCAACUCCACUUACUAGUUACACAUGAAACGCAAUUGGCAAUAUAUGAUGCAUCCAAGAUGGAACUCAUACACCAGUGCAUCCCACAUGUUUCCCCUUCUAUGCGGAUCUCUUCUGCUACAUACUCCUGCAACAGCCAACUAAUUUAUGCAUCAUUUAUUGAUGGGAACAUUGGAGUUCUUGAUGCUGAUACCCUAAGACUGAAAUGUCGUAUUGUUCCAUCUGCUUAUUUAUCUCAGAACGGAAGCGAGGAUGUGUAUCCACUUGUGAUUGCAGCACAUCCACAUGAACCCAACCAAUUUGCAGUUGGAUUGACAGAUGGGUCUAUUAAAGUCAUAGAACCAUUAAAAUCCCAGGGGAAUUGGGAAGUAUCUGUAUCUUCCCCAGUUGAUAAUGGGAAGAAAAAUGGUAGAUUGGUAUGGCAGGUUCUUCGUGGCACAUUGGCAACCAUAUGUCUUGGAUUAUUUGGGGUGGGCAUCAUUCGAAUUAUUCAAAUUAAAACUAGAAAAUCAAAAAUGAAUUUUGAUGGAUAUAUGACAGAUGGGUCCAGAACAAACAGACCGGAUGAAACAGAAAAAGGUGAACGUGAACCCAACAACCCUAAGGCCGAGUUCAGCGCUCGACCAAUCAAGGUCCGACUAUGAGUUCCAAUUAAAUCCAUUAAAUUUGAAAUAAAAAUAUGUUGAACUCAUUGGUAGCUCGAGGUUCCAUUGGCACACAUAAAAAACUGUUUCUGAGUGUAUUUUGAAAUGUGUGUAUUUGAUUAUUAAUAUGCACGUAUACAGUGUUUUUGCUC